UAAUCAAAUUACACUUAAGCUUAUGGCUUGACCUCUCAGGGAAAACUUGUUGCAAUUCAUUUCUUUGUUUCUUGCGCUGAUACCAAGAGAAAACAGGAAACUAAUCUAGUCACUAAACAAAUAUAGUGAUUAAUAUAUUGAAUUGUUCAUGAUCAUAAAAUGUUGAGUUAUAGCGCUGUUAAUGGUCCACAUUUAUCUCUAAUGCGAAGCAUCAUGCUUAUUUAAACUCUGACAAGGCGACCAGGUGUCUUUGUUUAUUGGCAAAUUUAAGGUGAACCCGAGCCUGAAGGAGUGUCCGGGUAUAUGUGUGUGUGCGUGUGAGUGUGCGUGCGUGCGUUUCUGCAACAAACAAAAAAAUACACUCGUGAGUUGGGUAUUUUUAUUAGCUGUAUAUCAUAUUAUUGGAUUUUAAUAGUUAAAUAAAUGUAUAGUUCCAGUGCGUUGGCCCCAACCAAAUAUUACGCAUUAUUGAUGAGGUACAAAAGAAAGUAAGCUGUGCUGUGUGAAUCUUUGUGAAAUGUCCAAUAUUUACCGCUUUUUGGGCGUUGACAUUUUUAUUGAUUAAAUAUUGGAGAAACAAAGAUGUGAAAUGUCUCUUUGGUGAAGCUGCUGUACAGACAUUGGAAAAUUGGCCCAACUCUGGUUUUCUGCAAGAAGUCACAUUCAAAAGGUUUCGUUUUUAUACUAUCUAGUGUUAUUAUAAUCAGAUAUGUAUACUUAUAUAGAAAAGUUGUCUUUAACCUCCCAAAUCGUCUCGGAGUGAAGGUGACAUCACGGAUUCUUUGUUUUGAGGGCGGGUGCCAAAGACAAUGUCAGGUGACGCGCACAGUUACGCCGGUUUCGUCCGCAGGUCACGUGCUCGCCGUUUUGAAGCAUGCCGUCGAGUGCGUUCGUGCUGCCGCGCGUCAGGUAUGGGAAACUUCUACAAACUGUAUAUCACAAUAUCAGAAGAUACGACCCUGGCUGAAGGGGCGUUAUUUCAGAGGGUCACGUGUUCACACCUCGUCAUCGCACUUGGUGUUGGUAACUCAAUUUAUAGUUCUAAAUACCGAGAGUGUUUUUUAGAUACGGCUUCCUGGGAGUGUUGGACCGUCGGGUGAUCUGCUGUGAUUAAGCGUGUUGUUGCGCUGUUUUUGUGUGUUUUGUUGAUAGAAUUAAGGGGUUGAUCGCCAUUGCCAACAGAGCCAAUCUCGGCUAAACACCUUUCCCUCCCGCUAAAGCUGCUGAAACAUGAUCGCAUUCCACAUCGGAACAAGAACAGUGAGAAGUCCUUCGGGCUGCAGUUUAAAUUGCUUUAGAGUUGUGAGUCUCCGCCUCUUCCCUUCACUCCUUCCAUCGUUGGAUGUGCUCCAUGCCGUCACAGGUGCAGCAGCUGGAGGCUGAAUUCAGUGCUUUGUGUGUACGUAUAAAUAUGCUUUGGAUAACUAAAAUCAAAAUGGUAGAGUUGCGUCAUGUUGCGUUAGUAUUAUUUAGUUAAAGUGAGGCACAUUAAAGUAAGGGUCAUUUACAGUCAGACAGAUAACGUUUUGUUAGAUCAGUGAAAUCAUUUGCAAUUUUGAUUAAUCUACUCGUUUUUCUUCAUCCAUCGAUUUGAAGACAGAUGUUGAAGAAAUACUGAAAUUUCUGGAACCCAAGGUGACGUGGCUUUAUAAAACUAGGCUGAUCGCCUCCGCCCUCGUCACUUAUACUUGAGUUAUGGCCCAACCCAAUUUUUGUGAGGUCCACCUUUAACCUUUUCCCACAAGAUCCUAAUAAAUCCCCCAGUGGUCAUUGCUUUUGUUGUUGUAGCUGGUGUUGACUGGAGUACAUGCAAAGCAACACAAUUUUUUUUUUUCUUCAGAAUUUGCUAAAGAUUUUUUCUCAUACUGGGAAAACUAUGGAUGCAAAACCUGAACAUGGACGACUUUCGGAGCUUGCGAGACUGUUAAUUCCAUUGAUAUAUUAACUCAACAAUCAGUAGCAAUUACAUGGCUACAUGGUCUCUGAUACCUCUGAACACUUCCGCCUGUCCUGAACUCACCUAUUUCCCCUCCUGCAGCCAAAUCCCGCCCUGUCUUAAAAAAGGAAGAUUACAAAAAAUAAAGCGACAGAGAGAACGUCUGCAAGUGCGUUACGUGCACAGCCUUUGUUUUCCCAGCAUGUGAGGCACUAGUUUCAUUCAUUUUAUCUUGACUGUUUUUUGAUCAAUGCACUGUGAUUUAGCAUUACCCUCAAGGGACUUUAGCUCCUCUGUGCUUAUCUAUGUAGGUUUGUGUGUGUGUGGUCAUGUGCCUAACUUAAUGACUUUGGUCUCUUGGACCGUCUGACUGUAUAUCCGGUUUGAAAUGAGUAGUGAAGCUCAUCACAUGACCGAAAAGGCCAGGUCAGCUAUUUAACUGUUGUGAUCAGAGCUUUCAAACGCUUCUCGAAAUCUACACCCCAGAUCGACCUCCGCAUACUUUAGCAACAGCUGGUGAUCUGCCUAUGACCAGGACGGUCAGGUAAACCGCCACAGUGUCCAGAGAGCCGACCCACAAGAAAACAAAAAUGUUUGCUCUUCCCUCUAGUUGAUAAGUUCUGGAUGAACCUGAGGCUUCAGUGGGAGGAAGAUGAGUUCUUUGGAUGAAUCCUCUGACGAGUGGAUGGACGGCGCUGGGGAGGAUGGAGACAAUGGUUGGUCUCCACAAAGAAAACAGAGUAACGGUUUGGGGGAAUACAGACGGCUGCCUCUGGCAGACAGCACCGACGCCUCGGAGCCUUCGCCGCUGGGCGCCCCACGGCUCCUCCCACCGGCGGAGACCAGGUUGUACAAGCGGCGAUGGGUCAUGCUGCUCAUCUUCAGCGGCUUCUCCGCGAGCAACGCCCUGAUGUGGCUGCAGUACGGCAUCAUCGACAACAUCUUCCUGCGCUUCUACGGCAUCGGCGCCCUGGCCAUCGACUGGCUGUCCAUGGUCUUCCUCCUCACCUACGUCGCCCUCUUCCUGCCCGCCACGUGGGUGCUCAACAACCGGGGCGUCAGGGAGGUCGUGGUGGCGGCGGCGGCCUUCAACUGCAUAGGGGCCUGGAUCAAGACGGGCACGGCCACCCCCAGCAUGUUCGCCAUGACCUUCUUCGGCCAGUUCGUGUGUUCGGUGGCCACUGUUUACAUGGGCAUCCCGUCCAGACUUGCAUCCUUGUGGUUUGGGGAGCGGGAGGUGUCCACCGCCUGUUCUGUUGCUGUUCUCGGAACCCAGCUGGGUAUCGCCGUUGGCUUCCUGCUUCCACCCAUCCUCGUGCCCAAUGUGGAUGAUGUGGAGGAGCUGGCGUCCCACAUCCGAAUCAUGUUCUACAUCAGCGCAGGAGUCGCCACCUUCAUCUUUGUCCUUGUGAUCUUCGUGUUUCAGGAGAAGCCAGAGAUCCCUCCGACUCAGGCGCAGGCUCAGUCCAGGAACAUCCCUCCCGGCGAGUACUCGUACGUGGCCUCGAUCUUGAGCCUGCUGCGCAACAAGCCCUUCAUGCUCCUGGUGCUCAGCUAUGGGCUCAACGUUGGCUGCUUCUAUUCUAUUUCCACACUGUUGAAUCGGAUGAUCAUUGAACACUACCCAGGUGAAGAGGUGAAUGCUGGGAGAAUUGGUCUGACUAUUGUUGUUGCUGGCAUGGCAGGGUCCCUCAUAUGUGGCAUUUGGCUGGACAGGACCAAAACAUACAAACAAACCACCUUGGCCGUUUAUCUCUUCUCUCUGAUCGGGAUGCUGGUCUACACCUUCACCCUCAACCUGGGCCACCUGUGGGUGGUGUUUGUCACUGCGGGAGUUUUAGGCUUCUUCAUGACGGGAUAUCUGCCUCUGGGCUUUGAGUUUGCAGUAGAGCUGACAUAUCCGGAGUCAGAGGGAACCUCGUCUGGACUGCUUAACUGUUCGGCUCAGAUCUUUGGAAUCAUUUUCACCAUCUGCCAAGGGAAGAUUAUUGAUAAAUGGGGCACCUUUGCAGGAAACAUCUUCCUGUGCAUCUUCCUGCUGAUAGGAACAGCACUGACAGGCUUUAUCAAGUCGGACCUCCGACGGCAGAAAGCCAACCUUCUGAACGCUGAGGCGCAGACAGUGAAUUCAGAGGUGAGAUCUUCGCCUCCCUUUUGGAGCAGCAACGCGUUGGGAGGCCGCUCUGGGCUCAAUGCUCUCUGACUGGUUCAUCUGUAGUCCUCACACUGCAGUGCACCGCUGCAAGCAUGCGCGAGAGUGAACGCGGUGGUUGCACUGGUGCACUGUGGGGAAACUUCUAAAAAAGCCAUCCUCUGUAAUAUUGUGAUGGCUGCAAUGAUUCGUUUGUGCCCUCUGAUUUGUCUUCUGUCCUCGUCCUUUUACAGAAAGCGACGGCUGAUCUGGAAGGAGCCGUCGUGAAAGAGGGGAAGUUCUAAGGAGGACAGACUGUAAACGACACUAUGACGGAUAAAAAGAGAAACACCGACACGCAAACACGUUACAAAGCGCACAUGGCCAUGGAGAGAAGAGGGCUGCUGUGAAGUGUGAGCACAAGUCGAGUGAAUCACACUGAGCAGCCCUCUGUGAGACCUUAAGAAGCAGCAGGCCUGCUUUACAUCGGAUAUAUUACAUAUUAUGUAUUGAUUCACACGAACAUCCCAAGUGCAACUUAACUCUUCCCAAAAAAAAAAGCACACGUUGAUCCUUGCACAAAGAACCUCAAUGGUUGAAACCCUUAAACAGAAUAAUCUGUUUAAACAUUAAGUUUAUCCAAUGUUUGCAUUAUGCACGGCCACUUGACUAAACUUAACUUGGUCCUUAGCUUUUACCGUCCGCCUCUGGUGUUCUGUGUAUCUAACGAGCAAUAUUAAAAAUGUGAACGUUCCUUAACAUAAUGUGGAACUGUGUUGCGUCCCCCCCCCCCCCCCAUCAUCAGAUCAACAAGUCGUAUGAUCUCUGCCUGUCCUUCAGGAUCAGACGUUGUUCUUUUGUACACUGCUGAUUAUGAAAUCUAAUGGAUGCUGUGCAUCUGACUACACUUUUUUUGGAAGGUCAGUUUGGUCCUUGUUUUGCUGUAAGUGAUCUCACAUUUGUUCAUACGCGUCUGGAUAAACAUGAGAGAGCGUCUGGAACAAGUGUUUGUAUGUGUAAUACUACUGAGCUUGUAAAAGUGUUAAUUAUAAAUGUAGUCCAUGCCGCGUAACCAGUGUAGUUUGUCAUAAACCUGUUUUACUUGAUGUGUUGUGGCAAGUUGUCUAGUGGUUUUCCUCCGCUAUAAUGAAUGUUGGGAGUGUGUUUUUAAGAGGUGCCAGUUAUUCUUUCAGUUGCAUUUUACAGUGCUAUAAAAUAAGAAUCCACAUCCCCUGAUUUUUUUUGUUCUAAUUUGACUGUAUACACCGUGUAGUAUUUUCUAUGACAACAGGAAAAUGAAGUAAAAAAAAAAAUAA